GUGAAGAAUGAACAGAGCAAGUAAUCCAUGUAAGUUGCAAUGAACAGCGGUUAUGUUUUUCAAUGGAAAGCGAUAUAACGACAAUGGCGGCAAUGUCUCCGUCGAAGCGGAGAUUACAGAAAGAAUUAAUGUCUUUAAUACGUGAACCACCACCAGGCGUACAUGUAGAUGAAGAUCUUGCUGGUCAAAAUUUAACACAAUGGAUUGUUCACAUGGAAGGUGCAAAAGGCACUUUGUAUGAAGGGGAACGAUUUCAACUGCAAUUCAAAUUUAGUUCUAAAUAUCCAUUUGAUUCGCCAGAAGUAACUUUCAUAGGUGGAAAUAUACCAGUGCAUCCUCAUGUGUAUAGCAAUGGUCAUAUAUGCUUAUCCAUUCUAACUGAUGAUUGGUCUCCAGCUUUAAGCGUGCAAAGUGUUUGUUUAAGUAUUGUAUCAAUGUUAAGCAGUUGUAAAGAAAAGAAGAGGCCACCUGACAAUUUAUUUUAUGUGAGAACAUGUAAUAAAAAUCCCAAAAAAACAAAGUGGUGGUAUCAUGAUGACAGUGUGUAACAGCAACUGCUAAAAUCGUUAACAACUUGUCAAUGUGCAGUUAUUGCUGGACCAAGUGGAAUGACAUUUUUUGUGUUUUAAAGUAAUUAUUAAAAUUUCAUAGAUGAAAUUGCUAAAAUAACUUCAUCACGUAUUUAAAAUAUUAGGUGCAUAAGUUAGAGAAAAAGCAAAGGCUAUUACUUAUUAUUGCAAUAAAGAAGUGAUGUAAAAUGUGUGAAUCAAAUAAUCCAGUUAUAAAUUAUUACGAGGUUACUAAAAAUAGUACAUGUUAUCCCACAGUUGAACAGAAGAAAGAAAUUACAAAA